AUAGUGGAUCCUUCUGUUAAACACAACGAAGAGUUGAAGACUAUGGAGUUGGAAGACGAAGACGGUUCGAGGAUUGCAUUACAAGAUGGCCAGAAGACCGUGUUCGGACGAGGCUUAGGCUUCCACACCGACGACAGAACUGUGUCUCGUCGUCAUGUUCUGCUUGGAGCUGAAACCUCGGAGGACAAGAGCGGGAGCCAAACGGGGCCCAAGGUCUCUUUUGAGGUUGUUGGGAAGAACCCCAUUUGGGUGAGGGAAAGUGGGGGUGGAGAAAUAAGGGUUUUCAGGAGGGGUGAGAAGGGUGAUGCGGCGCCUGGUGAUUGGCUCUGCUUCUCUGGGAGGACACCCACUUGGUUUACUGUCAGGGGAAGUGGGUUUGGAGAGGGAGAGAAGAGGGUUUUGGGGAGUGAGAAUGGGUUGGAUGCGAAUUUGAGAAGUGGGUUUGAGUUUGAUGGGGUUGAUGUUUCGGAGAUUGAUCCCGUUAAAGAGUUUGGUUUUCUUGUGAUGGGGCAUGAGUUUGAUCACUAUCCGAAGCAAAUGAUCCGUGAUAUAAAAAAUUGGGACUGGUUUCUUGAGGAACGUAGAAGAGAUAGUGAUGAUGAUGAUGAUGAGUAUCGCGAGAAGCGGGGAAAGAGGGUUUUGAUGAGAAAGAGAAGGAAAGCUGAAGGCAACGAUGAUGAUGAUGACUGGACCAGUGAGAGUGGUGAUGACAAGGAACUUGUUGCAAAACUAAGAAAGGUAGGGAAACCUAAGUAUUCUACAAGAUCAAAAGACUUUGACAAACUUGACAAGGAGGCCAAAGCUAGGAAAAAUUCCUCGCAAAAGAAAACUAGAGGUGCAAAUCAAGAAUAUGUAGAGAAUAAAAAUGAGAAUGAUGAAACACUUGGAGGCUUUAUUGUUGUUGAUGAUGGCGUAGAACAAGGAGAAGAAAUUGACGAAGAUGAAGAGGAGGAAGAGGAAGAAUUUAUUGAAGAUGAUGAUGACGAUGAGGAAGAAUUAGACGAUUAAUGCCAAUAGAAGGAGCAUGUAUAUCUUUUUGUAUGUGUGAUUGAUUAGCUUUGUCAGGUUGGAAAUUUCCUUUUAUGUUGUAAAAGAUGGUGUCUUUUAAAAGCUACAAUGUGCAAAUUAAAAGUCUUUAACAUUAUCUUGCAUUCAAA